AUGGUUGCUGCUGCUGCCACCACCACCGCGACCCCGCAUCCGCUCUCGGCCUUGACGGCCGAUGAGGUCCGCCAGGCGCGCGACGUCAUCCUCAAGCUGCACCCGUCGUCGGUCAUUGACUUUCGCGUCAUCUACCUGCUCGAGCCGCCCAAGGCCGACGUGGUGCGCUUCCUCGACGCCGAGCACGCCGGGACCCUCACCGCCGACACGCCGCGGCCCCCGCGCCUCGCCCAGCUCAACUACGACGUCAUUGGCGGCAGCACCGGCGACGCCGCCGUCCCGACCCAGUACCACGAGUCCGUCGUCGAUCUCGGCGCCGGCAAGCGAAUCUCCAAUGAACUGAUUGAUACCAAGUACCACGCCAGCUUGGGCAUCUUCGAGUUUGACAAGGUCGUCAAGUGCGUCGAGGAGUCCCCCGAGUUCAAGGAGAAGCUCAAGUCCGUCACCCUCCCCGACGGCUUCGAGCUCGUCGUCGAGCCCUGGCCGUACGGCGGGCCCGACGACGCCGACGGCCAGACGCGCCUCUUCCAGGCCCUCUGCUUCGGCCGCGACGCGCGCAGCGGCAACCCCGACGCCAACUUUUACGCCUACCCGCUGCCCUUUAUCCCCAUUGUCGACGCCCGCACCAUGACGCUGCUGCGCAUCGACCAGCCCGCCACGGGGAGCCACGACGACGCCCUCGUCGGCGUCACCAACGAGGUCGGCGUCCUGGACCACUGCCGCCCGGCCGAGUACGUGCCCGAGCUGCUCCCCGGCGGCGUCCGCAAGGACCUCAAGCCCCUCACCGUCCUGCAGCCCGAGGGGCCCAGCUUUGCCAUUUCGGAUGCCAAUCUGGUCGAGUGGCAGAAGUGGCGCUUCCGCGUCACCUUUAACCCGCGCGAGGGCGCCGUCUUGCACGAUGUUCGCUACGACGGCCGCAGUGUCAUGUACAGAAUUAGCAUGAGUGACAUGACGGUCCCGUACGCGGAUCCCAGACCACCCUUCCAUCGCAAGCAAGCAUUCGACUUUGGCGAUGGCGGCCUCGGCAACUGCGUCAACAACCUCACUCUCGGCUGCGAUUGUCUCGGCGUCAUCAAGUACUUUGACGGCCUGCUCACCAAACCUGACGGCUCACCCGAGCCCACCAAAAACGUCGUCUGCUUGCACGAGCAGGACAACGGCAUCAACUGGAAGCACACGAACUGGCGCACUGGCCGCGCCGUCGUCACCCGCCGCCGCGAGCUCGUCGUCCAGUACAUACUCACCCUCGCCAACUACGAGUACGUCUUUGCCUUUAUCCUCGACCAGGCCGCCGGCAUCACGCUCGAGGCGCGCGCCACCGGCAUCGUCUCCGUCGUCAACAUGGACGCCGGCAAGACGGCGCCCUGGGGCAACAUUGUAAACCCGGGCACCAUCGCCCAGAACCACCAGCACAUUUUUUGCCUACGCCUCGACCCAGCCGUCGACGGCCACGCCAACACCCUCGUCCAGGAGGAGAGCCUGCCCGCCGCCGUCGACCCCGCGACCAACCCCAACGGCAACUUUUACCACGUCAAGACCACCACCAUCACAGAGUCCGCCGGCCUCGACCUCGACCCGUUCAACAACCGCGUCUUCAAGAUCCAGAAUAAGAGCAAGAAGAACCCCGUCAGCGGCAAGCCCGUCGGCUACAAGGUCGCCGGCCCGCCGACGCAGCUGCUCCUCGCCGCGCCCGGCUCCAUCCAGUCCAACCGCGCCCUCUUUGCCCGCCACCACCUCUGGGUCACCAAGCACAAGGACGACGAGCUCUACGCCGGCGGCCGCUGGACCAUGAUGAGCCGCCACGAGGUCGGUGGCGUGAGCGACGCGGCGGCCCGCAAGGACAAGGUCGACGACGAGGACAUUGUGCUCUGGAGCGUCUUUGGCCUGACGCACAACCCGCGCGUGGAAGACUGGCCCGUCAUGCCGGUGGAAAUGAUUCAAGUGCACAUCACGCCGUCCGACUUCUUCACCGGCAAUCCUGCGCUGGACGUGCCGUCAAAUGCGGACAUUGGGUCCAAGCUUACCGAUGGGGGCUGUUGCAGCGCUGCCAACGGCACGAAUGGGACAAACGGGCACUAA